AGGGGGUGAUGGGGAAGUGGAGGGGAGUGCAGUGGCAGUGAGCAAGGGGCAGGUGGAGAGGGUGAUGGACCGGCUGGAAAAGGAGUCAUUCGCUGCGCGCUCGUUGCUCUCCGAGGCACACGCCCUGCGCUGCUGCGUGCACCUGGCGCCGCCAGAUGCCGUGCGCGCCAUCUUCUACCACUGGCGCGCCAAGCGCGCCCGCAAGGGCACCGCCCUCUGCCGCCACUUCCAGGUCAGCCCGCUGCCCUCCGCCCACCGCCCUGCAGCACGCAGUCCGCGCCCCUCAUGUCUGCCCGCGCCCCUCAUGUCUGCCCGCGCCCCUCAUGUCUGCCCGCGCCCCUCAUGUCUGCCCGCGCCCCUCAUGUCUGCCCGCGCCCCUCAUGUCUGCCCGCGCCCCUCAUGUCUGCCCGCGCCCCUCAUGUCUGCCCGCGCCCCUCAUGUCUGCCCGCGCCCCUCAUGUCUGCCCGCGCCCCUCAUGUCUGCCCGCGCCCCUCAUGUCUGCCCGCGCCCCUCAUGUCUGCCCGCGCCCCUCAUGUCUGCCCGCGCCCCUCAUGUCUGCCCGCGCCCCUCAUGUCUGCCCGCGCCCCUCAUGUCUGCCCGCGCCCCUCAUGUCUGCCCGCGCCCCUCAUGUCUGCCCGCGCCCCUCAUGUCUGCCCGCGCCCCUCAUGUCUGCCCGCGCCCCUCAUGUCUGCCCGCGCCCCUCAUGUCUGCCCGCGCCCCUCAUGUCUGCCCGCGCCCCUCAUGUCUGCCCGCGCCCCUCAUGUCUGCCCGCGCCCCUCAUGUCUGCCCGCGCCCCUCAUGUCUGCCCGCGCCCCUCAUGUCUGCCCGCGCCCUCAUGUCUGCCCUCGCGCCCCUCAUGUCUGCCCGCGCCCCUCAUGUCUGCCCGCGCCCCUCAUGUCUGCCCGCGCCCUCAUGUCUGCCCGCGCCCCUCAUGUCUGCCGCGCCCCUCAUGUCUGCCCGCGCCCCUCAUGUCUGCCCGCGCCCCUCAUGUCUGCCCGCGCCCCUCAUGUCUGCCCGCGCCCCUCAUGUCUGCCCGCGCCCCUCAUGUCUGCCCGCGCCCCUCAUGUCUGCCCGCGCCCCUCAUGUCUGCCCGCGCCCCUCAUGUCUGCCCGCGCCCCUCAUGUCUGCCCGCGCCCCUCAUGUCUGGCCCGCGCCCCUCAUGUCUGCCCGCGCCCCUCAUGUCUGCCCGCGCCCCUCAUGUCUGCCCGCGCCCCUCAUGUCUGCCCGCGCCCCUCAUGUCUGCCCGCGCCCCUCAUGUCUGCCCGCGCCCCUCAUGUCUGCCCGCGCCCCUCAUGUCUGCCCGCGCCCCUCAUGUCUGCCCGCGCCCCUCAUGUCUGCCCGCGCCCCUCAUGUCUGCCGCGCCCUCAUGUCUGCCCGCGCCCCUCAUGUCUGCCCGCGCCCCUCAUGUCUGCCCGCGCACCCUCAUGUCUGCCCGCGCCCCUCAUGUCUGCCCGCGCCCCUCAUGUCUGCCCGCGCCCCUCAUGUCUGCCCGCGCCCCUCAUGUCUGCCCGCGCCCCUCAUGUCUGCCCGCGCCCCUCAUGUCUGCCCGCGCCCCUCAUGUCUGCCCGCGCCCCUCAUGUCUGCCCGCGCCCCUCAUGUCUGCCCGCGCCCCUCAUGUCUGCCCGCGCCCCUCAUGUCUGCCCGCGCCCCUCAUGUCUGCCCGCGCCCCUCAUGUCUGCCCGCGCCCCUCAUGUCUGCCCGCCGCCCCUCAUGUCUGCCCGCGCCCCUCAUGUCUGCCCGCGCCCCUCAUGUCUGCCCGCGCCCCUCAUGUCUGCCCGCGCCCCUCAUGUCUGCCCGCGCCCCUCAUGUCUGCCCGCGCACCCUCAUGUCUGCCCGCGCCCUCAUGUCUGCCCGCGCCCCCUCAUGUCUGCCCGCGCCCCUCAUGUCUGCCCGCGCCCCUCAUGUCUGCCCGCAGCCCCUCAUGUCUGCCCGCGCCCCUCAUGUCUGCCCGCGCCCCUCAUGUCUGCCCGCGCCCCUCAUGUCUGCCCGCGCCCCUCAUGUCUGCCCGCGCCCCUCAUGUCUGCCCGCGCCCCUCAUGUCUGCCCGCGCCCCUCAUGUCUGCCCGCGCCCCUCAUGUCUGCCCGCGCCCCUCAUUUCUGCCUGCGGCUUGCCCCAUGCAGGCUCGUUUCUCUUGCUGCCUAUCCGGCUAGUCGGCCAGGAGCCUCUUUUUUUUUCCCCUCUUGCAUGCACCCACGAGCUUGCCUUCUCAUUCCACUUGUGCCCCUCCCGCCCUGUCCGGCCCCCCUCUUCCUCCCCCGUGUCAUGCGACGCCCCGCCGCUGCAGCGCGCGCCGUGGGAGCCGGGAGGAGGUGCGGAGGCAGCAGCGGAGCAGAGGACGGGCGAGGGAGCGGGGAUGGGUGGCGUGGCAAGGCAGGGAGAGAGUGGUGCCGCGCUGCAGAGGGCACCAAACGACCACUCGCAGCAGCAGCAAGAGGAGGGAGGGGAGCAGCAGCAGGAGGGAGGAACGGGGCGUGCGGUAGCAGUGCAGCAGGGUCAGGUGUCAGCUGGUGCAGCAGCCAGGCACGAGCAGCGUGAUCCCCACGGCCAGCACCCACCCAGCACGGCAGCACCAGGUGGCGCAGCAGCAGGUUUAUCCACUCCUGCGCGCCUUCCAAGAAGCCCGGCCGCCUCCUCCUCUCCUUUCCCCUCACCCAUUCCCUUCGGCACCCCCAUCACCCCCAUCACCCCCGGCCCUGGCAGUGCCGCGCAGCAGCGUAUGCCCGCCAUCCCCCGCCCGCCUCUCUUUGCCUUCUGCCUGCAGCCGCGCGCCCACGCGCGCAGGGCCGCCUUCCCCUCGCGCCCGCGCUCCACCAAGCGCGCGCCGGCCUCCACGGAGCACUGGGGUGGCGCUGCUGCGGACAGUACGGAAGGCAGCCCCAGGGUAGGGGGCGUGGCGACGCGCGCAGAGGCGCUCCCCGUGGGCGAGACGCAGCAGGGGGGGCGGAGAGAGGGCGUGGAGGGGCUGGUGGCGGCCAAAAGGCAGCGCCGCGUGGUGUGCCUCGCAGGUGAGCCAAACCCUCCCCCUCGCCCUUCCGCUGUGCCGCGCGCCUUCUCUCCACUCAAUGCACUGCCUCAAUUCCCCGCACCUCCCUCCUGCCAAACCCUUGCUCGCUCGGCUGUGCCCCCCACUGCAGACCUGGGAGGCGAGGAGGCGGAGGGCAGCAGCAAGGGCGGCUCAGCAGGCGGGGCAGCAGGGGGAGCAGCAGAGUCUUUCCCUGGCGCAGGCCAUGAGGGGCCCGCGCCUCAACACUUCGGAGCCCGCACACCUGGAUGCCACUCCACAGGCACUGCCGCCGGCGCAGCAGCAGGUGUACGGGGGGGCGGAGGGGGGGAUGAGGCAGUUGCUGAGGCAACAGCAGGCGAGGCAUGCGAGGGGGCGGGCAGCGCGGGGGUGAGCGGGGCAGGCGGGGACGAAGCAGCAGCGCCCACGCCACCACACGGCGCUGCUGCAGGGCGCCUUGCUCUGCCCGCUGCCUCCGCACCGCAGCACCAACCGCCCGGCGCUCCCGUGGUGGUUGCGGUGCUGCGUGGUGCCCCCGCUAUUGCUCGCGCCCAGAGCGGCCCUCCUUCACACGCAGCUGUGGGGGAUACAGGGGCCGGACAGCCGUGGGAGCAUGCGAGAGGCGGCAGCGGCGGCGGUGAGGAUGAGGCGCAGCAGCAGAAGAGAGGAGCGGCGGGCGUGCGGUCAGAGUUGCUGUCGCUGGCGCACGCGCGCCCACCAGGCAGUGCAACCGCACAGGCACGUGCGGCUGCGGCGGCGGCGCUCGGGGAGGGGAUGGGUGCAGCGCCGAGAGAUGUGGGCGCAGGGCAGUGGGCGCAUUGCACGGCGGAGGGGAGGCCGCUGGCGCUGAGUGUGGGAGGUAGAGCGCAGGGGAUUGCAGGCGCAGGGGGAAGGGGAAGGCGCAGGGCGCGGGCAGUGUUGGUGCUGCAGCAGACACAGCAGCACGUGGGGUGGGCACGGCAGGUGGAGGAGGGGGCAGGCGAGGCAGGUGGCACACAAGGUCGCGGAGACAGCUCUUUGAGUGGCGCAGAGGUGCACGCAGUGGGUCACGAGGCACAGGCGCUCGCAGGCAGCAGCAGGGGGGGGAGGCGGGUGGUGGGUCACAGGUUGCCUCGGAUGAGCAGACUAGCGGCGCCUGCGAUGCGUGGCGGCGUGGCAGCAGGUGGUGGGCGCGAGGCGGGUGCAAUGGGCGCACAGGAGCAGCUGGGAUAUGCUGGGACGGGUGCUGAAGAUGAAGAGUGGGGCAGCGAGGUUGGGAGAGAGGCGGGAGCAGAGAGGGGCGGCGCUGCUGUGAUGAGUGGAGAAGCGGAAGAUGGGGCGGGUGGAGGGGCGGGCAAGGGCACGGUGGUGUACCACCGCAAGCGACAGCGGUCAUGGCGAACAGCAGGCGGUGGGGGGCACGCGGACAGCGCUGCUGCCUGGCGCCCUGGCAGGCCCAGAAUGGCCGGUCUGUCCCCUGCCCGCCUGCUCCUGCCCGUGCCCCUCACAGCCUCGCCGCUCAUCCCUGAGCCCCACUUGCCCUCGCCUCGUCCCGCUCGCCCUCCAGCCGUGCGCCCGUCUGCAGCACAGGACCCAGCAUGUGCAUCCUCAAAUAGAGAGGCGCAGCGGCAAGGGGAGGAGGAGCAAGGGGUGGAGGAGCAAGGGGUGGAGGCGGCGAGGGCGAGGGCGAGGAGUGCAAGGGCGAGGGCAGGUGCAGCGAGGGCGAGGGUGAGCGAGCUGCAGCACGCGGGUGAUGCGGCGCUGGAGCGCGCCUGCCACCGCCUCGCUCUCCUCCGUGCUGCUCAAGCCGUGCCCACUGCCAUGCCCUCUCCCAUGCCCCCUGCCAUGCCCCCUGCCAUGGCUGCCAUGCUCCCUGUUCCUCCCCACCACCUUGUUGAUGCCGCUCGUCCACCAGCCACUCUGCCAGCCGUCACUGCAGUCCAUGCAUGUGCCCCACCCCCCCUAGCACCUCCUCCUGCUGCUCCUCUUGCGGCUGCGUCCGGUGCUGCUCCUGCUCCUGCUGCUGCUGCUGCUUCUGCUUCUGCUGCUGCUGCUGCCGCUGCAACUGCUUCUGAUGCUGUUGUUGCUGCUGCUCCUGAUGCUGAUGCCGUUCGAGCUGCCUCUCCUGCUGCCUCUCCUGCUGCUGCUGUUUCUCCGCGUGCUGACAGUGCAGCUCCGGGUGAAUGCCUGGACGGGCAUCAUUGCCGUGGGGAAGGUAAAGCGUGUGGGGAGGGUGAAGCGGGUGGGGAGGGUGAAGAGGGUGGGGAGGGUGAAGAGGGUGGGGAGGGUGAAAAGGGUGGGGAGGAUGGCGAGGGUGGGGUGAGGGGCAGUGGGGCAGGUGCUGGGGAGGGGAGUGCAGGGUUGGUGGAUGGAGGGCGGCAGCAUGGCAGCGAGGGUGAUGCAGUGCGGAAUUGUGGCAAUGGGCAGGGUUGUGCUGGGGCGGGGUGUGCGGGAGGGCAUGCAGCAGCUUGUGUGAGAGGCGAUGGUUGCAACGAGUCAGGUUGGCCUGCCUCCCUGCCGCCUCCUCCAUGUGCCGCUCAUCCUGCUCCCGCUGCCCCUCCUGCCCACCCGCCUCCCAUGCUGCUGCCUGUGCCUCCAACCGCCCAACAUCCACAGCAGGCAAGCCCCCCUCUCCCUCCUCCCACAUCUCCUCCUAGUCCUCCCCCUCACCACAGCAGCAGCAGCAGCAGCAGCGGGCGGGCAGCAGCCCAGUGGCGCUGA